CAGUGGGGCGGCUCUGCCUUGGCUCCCCGGCCCCCCGCGGGAGGCGCGGCCGGGCAGGAGCGCCAGGGGCCGCGGGCAGCCGUGCGCCGCGCAGGGGCUGGGACCAGGACCGGCGCACGCCGCCGCGCAGCCAGCAGGGACCCCGGGCAGCCGCCCGCCGGUGGGCCAGGCUGUUCUGGACUGACCGCAGCCGCUACUCACAUCACUGCUCCUAGUGCAUGCUGGGAAGGCAGCUGCUUCAGGAGAGGGAUUUUGCCGACUUGUCAGAGGAAAGUAAAACCGGAGCCCCUGCUCGAAGAUGCUGUCUGGGAAGGUGGAGAAGAGGAUUGCUUCCUCCGUAUACAUUACCCUGGCCCCUCCCAGGAGGGACACGGUCAUCAAGGCUGAUGUAAAGCCAGAGGUGCGUCAGCCGAGCUCAGACCACCCAAAGGAGGCUACGAAAUCUGAUGGGACCCACCAUCCCCAAGGGUCGCCACCAAAGAAACUACCCAACAGCAGCCGUCAGGCCGGCAAGCAGAGCAGCAGGACACUGGGCAGUGCCGGGCCCUCGUCUGGAGCGGCGGGCUUGUCCAACGGAGGUUUCUCCUCCUUUCCUCGUCCUGUCCUGACCGACAUUCCCACAGGCUCAGACCCAGAGAGCCCCCUGCCAUCUCCUCCGCCGUAUCUUCUGUCCGAUGAACUUAACGCCCCGUUGUUGGAGACGCUUUGCCCUGAUCUGCAGAAGCUGCACAUGAGCUCACCUGUGAGCCGGCAGGCCUCCUCCACGUUCCCAGCGGAACCGAGGCAGCAUAAAAUCCAGCCGACCAGUCUGGAGCAAGCGGACGAGCGCCAGGCCCCGAAACAGAACGUGAAUGGGCCCCUGGAAAGAGACAUUUCCACAGUCUGUGCCUUUUGCCACAAGGCCAUUGCCCCCCGGACCCCGACCAUAGAAGCCAUGAACAGACAGUACCACGCGGACUGCUUCACGUGCCGGACGUGCCACGGCCAGCUAGCGGGGCAGCGCUACUACCAGAAAGAGGGCCGGCCAAUGUGCAACUCUUGCUACAAGGACACGCUGGAGAAAUGUGCCAAGUGCCAGGGUCUGAUCCUGGAGCACAUCAUCCGCGCCUUGGGGAACGGGUACCACCCUGAGUGUUUCAUGUGCUCCGUGUGUGGGCGGAGCAUCGGGGACGAGAGCUUUGCCGUGAAUGACCAGAACGAGGUGCACUGCGUGGAUGAUUUCUACAGGAAGUACGCCUCCAUCUGCAGCGUCUGUGAGACACCCAUCAUCCCACAGGAGGGGAAAGAUGCCUACAGGAUAGAAUGCAUGGGGCGAACCUUCCAUGAAAGCUGCUAUCGCUGUGAGAACUGCAGGAUUCCCCUGUCCACCGAGCCAGCGGAGAACGGCUGCUACCCCUUGGACAGCCACGUCCUCUGCAAGCCCUGUCACAUCAAACAGAAGAAUGAAUCGUUCUGCUAAGAGAGCCAGGCGGGCUUCCCCAGAAAACCGUGGACGCAGUCGCAUGGCUGAGAUGAGCCGAAUCGCUGUACUAUGGCAGUGUUCUUAUCCUCUGCAUUCAUUUAUGUCCAACUUUCUGUCCUGACUGUCUCUCUUAUGGUAGGACCAUAUUAGUAGCUCUGAGCUGUAGCAGCAAAGUCCUACCACGCAUGCUUCCUAAUCGGCCAUGCGACCAGCCCUGAGAGGUGGCAGUGGAACCGUCUUCUUCUCUCUUUCCCUCCUGUCUGGCUCUGCUUAUCUUCCAAGGGUACGCCAGCUGGCUUCCUCUGCCCCCAAACGGCUCAGUGCAUGGGACCACACCAGCAGCUGCUGAUGGGACGAGUGAGAUUAAUUAAAAUGAUGUUACAAAGCA